GAUGCCAGCGUUGCAAGUGAUGGCGGACUCCACGAGUGGGCCGGUCCCGACCGAAACAGGGUCCGAUCCGAAGGGGCUUCCACCAAACCCGGACGCGCACCUCACCGACAUUCACACACACUCCUGGGGAUUCGCGCUGGACGCGCUCUACAGGAUGGCGACGGCGUUUUUUAAAGAACACGAGGGUAAAGCUUUUCACAUUUCCUACGAGGACAAGCUGAGCUUAGUGGCUUACACGCUUCAGGUGACCCACGGCCCCUUCAACGGGGCCAAGUGUGGACCCUUGGGCUACCUGGACGUCAUCGGGAGGGAUAGAAGGCAAGCGUGGACGGCACUUGGGGAUGUUGACCGGAAGACUGCCAUGGAGAAGUUCAUCGAACUGCUAAACCUAAGGUGUCCGCUGUUUCGGCCGUUUGUCGAGGCCCACAAGGCGGAUAUGGAGGAGAAAGAGCGGAAGAGGCUGGAGGAAGAGGAGGAGAGGAGAAAGGAGGAGGAAGAGGAGAGAGAGCGGCAGAGGCUAGAGGAAGAGCUUGCCAGGCAGGAGCAAGAGAGGCUACACCAGCUGGAACAGAAGCGACUGAUCCAAGAGGCCCUGAACCGUCAGACGUACCACCAGUUCAAGGCAUACGCGGAGCAGCAGUUCCCGGCCAGUCCCGACCAGCAAGGGGUGCUGAUCCGGCAGCUUCAGGAGCAGCACUACCACCAGUACAUGCAGCAGGUGCUGGGGCAGCAGAAGGGCAAGACCACGGAGCCGACGGCGGCAGCCAUGGACGAGGGGGAAGGCACCCCCGUCGGGCCCCCCGAGGAGAAGGAGCCCACACCAAACGGGGACAGGGCUCACAGCUCGGGCGAGGAGGACGACGAGGAGUCCACGGAGGAGGACGCCCAAGAAUUGCCUGCGGUUGCGACAGCGUCUAUGUGGACUCGCAAGGACAUCCGGGAGUUUAAGGAAGGCAUCCGGAAGGAAGGCAGCAAUGGCAUCCUCAAGGUGGGCCACGGGGAGACGGUGACGGUGCGGGUGCCAACACACUCCAAUGGCCACUGCCUGUUCUGGGAGUUUGCAACGGACAGCUAUGACCUGGGCUUCGGCCUCUACUUUGAGUGGACCUCGGAGCCGGGCAACCAGAUGUCCGUACACGUCAGCGAGAGCGACGAGGACGAAGACGAGGACGAAGAGGAACGGGAGGGCGGCGGCGACGUGGAAAAGGGGGCCUCGGCGGGAGACGGUGCGGGCGGCCCGGCCUCGCUGAGCGUGGUGAUCCCGGUGUACCGGCGUGACUGCCACGAGGAGGUGUAUGCGGGCAGCCACCUCUACCCAGGACAGGGGGUGUACCUGCUCAAGUUCGACAACUCCUACUCCCUCUGGCGCUCCAAGACCCUCUACUACCGCGUCUACUACACCCGAUGAGGCCCCCCUCGCCCCUCCCCCCACAUCUCCACAAUUUGUACAAGGCCCAAUUCAGAACGGUGUCUCUCACUCUUUGUUAAUGUUGGUUCAUUUUUUUUUUUUUUAGCGAGUUACAUUUAAAUUUUUAUAAAGUUUGAACGAGUUUUUUCGAAAUCGAGAUUUUUGAAUGCUCCCGAAUUCGUUAGGAUACGGACGUCUGUUGACCGUUACACUUAGUUGUCUAUGGUCGUCGACUUCUGCUGCCGGCUUUGAUUGGAGACCAUGCCGUAUUUAUUCGCAGCAGCAACGGUGCAUUCAAAAUGGUGCAUCACACUUUAUACUAUUUGCUCACCGGCGUCAGAGGACCGUGACCGAACCGGAGAAAUCCAUUUCUUGGUGUACCAUUCUGAAGUCUGCUACGUAGGAGUGUGACCAGAUGUUUGAUUUUCGGUAAAACUAUAUACUAACAGCAACGAGCACGGAGUUGCUUGGUGCAUUGAUUUCAAUGUAACAAGUUUGUGUUCUUUCCCGUGAAGGGAAGCAAAAUAUGCGAUUGCGAUUCGUUUGCAGCUCAUCGAAACGUUUCUACUUUUAGUCUCACUCAAGUAAGCUUCAAUCUUUGUAUCUCUAAAAAUCUACCAUCCAAUUGCAUCCCCUGUUGUACGUUGCAGCGGGAUGUUGCGUAAAGAAACUGGUUCACGCGGUACUCUGUACGCCAAGACCACCAACGAUCCGCUCGGCGCACGCUGUAGAACGGGUUCUUGUUGGUAUCAGUGAGCAUAGACUACCACUUUGCCACCACCCCUCGUAAAACAGUCUCAUCAACGACUCUUUCACACACGCAAGGUGAAACCUCCACAGCUGGCCUGGGGGGGUCUGCCUGCUCCUGUAUUACUGCGGUGGGGACAAGUGUUUGUACAGCCCCAUUCCAUUUGCUGCAUUGCUUGCUGAACAGGCUUAUAUGGAGAAAAGCAUGAGAAGGUACAGUCAAGAAAAAUUUGUGGUCGAGCUCUCAGCUCUCUUAUUGAAGUUACCAUGCCAGUUAGCAAAAGCAACAAAGCUCUACACUGGACAAAAGAAAUAUGUGCACAGGUUUCUGGCUUUGUUAAUGGUUUCCUUUAGGGUGCAAUGGGUCUUUUAUGUGCUAAGAAGAAAUAAAUGCAUCUCUGUUUUCCUUUUCCUUUUUAGGUUACAAGUGGAGAUGAGUGACGCAGAUGUUUUUCCAGUUGGGACGAGGCAUUUAUAUACGGAUAGAGAUUGCUGGUAACAUGAAAGCUCUACCCGAGAUCGCAAUUUUUCUGCCUGUUCCUUCCUCACGCUUUCGGUUGUGGGCGUGACUUGGUUUGUUAUCCCCUUUUGACGGCUUCGGAGGCUGUGAGAAGUGGAAACGUUCAAAAGGGUUUUACCUUUUUAAACCCUUUCUAGACUAAUUGCAUAAAAGUUUUUCAGAAACGGGGGAAUGUGGCUUGGGGCCGACGGUCUUGUGGCAUUAGUAGAUUCUGGUUUGGGGCUAGAAGCUUUAAUGCAUUCUCAAAGCUGAAGGUGUGGAAACUGUUGCAUGAAGCGAUCGCAAGUUACCGAUGUGGGUAUUAACUUGUGGGAGUGGAAUGCAAGAAAAUGCCCAUUUUGUGUUCUUGCUAACCCCGCUGCGCCGUGUACGUUAAGGCGCGUAACACUACUAAAAAAGGACGACGGUACUCGUCACAUCACCCUUGCAAUGCCAGCACGUGUUAAUGAGGGAAGAAUGCCUCAAAACUGCUUUGUUACGAAGAGGUGCAUCUGGAGCCACCGAAUAGGCUAUGCUUAGAGCAUCGACACUGCAUUCUUGGACUUUCUUGGGGGCGCCGCCAUCUUGUUGCCUAGUUCAGAGCAGGUGCGAUUGGCGAUGGGUAUGAUCACACAAUGCGACUUCCCAAACCUUGAAUGCGGCAUCGGGAAGUUUGGGCAAUGUCGUUUUGCUCCGUCGCAGACCGUUAUAACAUUUCUGGAGGAAGGAAAAGCGUUCCUCCGACUUCAAAUAAAUUUUUCAGCUGCAACUGGCAACCAUGGUUUUCGAGCAGCAAUACAUAGUUACAAAAAUGCAGAGGGGAAAAAAAUUGGCUUAGAAGGGUGAGGGGAGGAAUCAUACUUUUGGUCUCCGGGCCAGGUGGCGCAAGCUACCGCCCGUGAUAAAGGGUACAGUCGUUAGCACCCAUCCAUCCACAGGCUGGAGUGUCAGUACUCUCAAGCAGAGCGUAUCUGGUGGCUCUAGGUGCAUCCACGGCCAUACACAUUGGUGGCGACGCACCGCCUUAGAUGCCGGCGAUAGACUUUUGCCAGGCACUGCCUCGCGUUGGCGAAGCGGCGUUCCAGAACUCAACACCAAAUUUGCAACAAAGGCUUUACUAGGAGAACACCGCUCUGCUCCGCUCAUUUGCAUCAAAUAACGUGCCUACAGCACCAGAUCCCCCCAACGGUGGGGACAGCCCGCAUAGAAUAUGUACGCGUCGCGCUGGCGUCAAGGAAAGACGGCCGCCGCCGCCGCUCCGAGAUACCGAUUUCACCAAGAUGGCCGUCUCCUCACCCUCGGGGGCUGUCCGCGACAUAAGAGUUAUAUAAUAAUCUAAAGGGAAAGGUCCCAUGCAUUUGAGCCGUUUCGGAAUGGCAGGGCAUAAAGGUGGACAUUGACGGUCUCCACUGGCGGUCUCGGUGGGCCCAUAUUGCUGGCAAUGCCCCAAUAUGCGCAAAGUGGCAGCAAAACAUCACCUGUAAUGUUUGUACCUUAUCCUUUUCUAGCUCAUUUUGCAGAAAGACACCGGAAUCAUGCACUGCAUGAAACUAAACGUUGACAAGCGCUCGAGCCACUUCAACUUGUUGCGGCAAAACAAAUAUGGCUAACCUUUCGUCUGCUUUUAAGACCAACGACGUCGGUGUGCGGGAUUUUCUGCAUUCUGCUCCCGUCUUUACCCCGGGCCCACUACGAUAGAUGGCAGCAGCCACCCCCCCAUUAGGUGAGCGGCAAUUGGCAACUUCCGGUUCCUUAGGAAAUUUUGUUUCACUGUUGACAGACGACGACAGCGAGCUGCAUGCCUGUACUAACAUAAUUCUGAUACCUCCAGACUGUAGUUUUCAGAACCAUGUUUAGACAGGCUUGCGGAUCGUCGUCGUUUGUCAGCAGCUAGACGAAAUUUCCUAACGAACUGAAAGUUGCCAAACGCCGCUCACCUGUUCAAAGGGGAAAAUCUCGAGCCCGCGCGAUACGCAAAAGCUGUCGGCACCGAAGCCUUUGCAUUUUCGCGGAGUAAUGUGUGUUCCCUAGUAAAGUGUUUGCUUGCAACCUGCUCGACCAGAGUGCUUUUUUUUGAGGGGGGAAGGGGAAAGGUGCUUUUACAACAUUCUGUAAUGCAGCUGGAACCAAAAGACUUUUUGUCCCCGUGCGGGGCAACAUCCGUACACGGGCCAGCUGCGUCGCUCGCAGUCUCGUCCUUCUGGAGCACCCGAGCUUCCUACAAGAUGGAGGGUGCCCGCACAUUGCCGGUCUUUUUUGCUAAAAGCGUGGAACGGGUGCCGAAUGGCGCAAAUAAAUUAUUGUUAUCCAAGAA